AUGAAUGUUCAGGAUUUGUUGAGUGAUUUGAAGAGUGAAUUAAGCGGACACUUUAAGACAGUGAUUGUGGCUCUGUUGACACCGCUACCACUGUUUUUGGCCAAGGAGCUCCACUACGCCAUGACUGGCGCCGACACCAAGGAGAAGACCAUUGUUGAGAUCCUCUGUACCCGGGAUAAUGCUUCUAUCAAGACUAUCAAAGAAGCCUAUCACGAAUACUAUGAUAAGACCUUGGAGGAGAGCAUCGAGGGAAACACCUCUGGACAUUUCCGUCAUUUCCUGCUUAAUAUAUGCGAUUGUAACAGAAAGGAGACGCCUUGUGACUCUGAAACGGCAAAGAAAAUAGCCAAGCAAAUAGCAGAAGCACUUUAUGAAGCAGGUGAAGACAAGCCGUUAACUGAUGAGAAAUUCAUCUAUAUUAUGACACGCUGCUCCUUCUAUCUCCUGCGCUUUGGCUUUGAAGAAUACAAUGAUACUAAGGACAGGAAUUUUGGUGACUUUAUAGAGGCCGAGUGCUCCGAAGGCAUAAAAUAUAGCUUGAUGACGCUCUACCUCAUCAUCAUGAACCGAGCCGAGUUCUUCGCUAAGGAGCUGCACGAAGCGAUGAGGGAAAUGGGCACCAGGGACAAGGCGAUCAUUCGCCUGGUGGUGUCCCGCUCCGAGAUAGACCUGGGCAAUAUCAAGCUCGAGUACCAGAAACUCUACGACAGGACUCUCGUUUCAGAACUUGUGGGUGAAAUUUCUGGAGACUACAAGACGGUUAUGGUGGCCAUCAUUAGGGAGUAGAAGUGGCGGAGGCACACCUCCAGACAUUCCCCGAGACUUGGAGUAGUACCAUGGAGGUGAAUAAUGACUCGUAGUGAUCUAAUCUGACGCCUGCAAAUAUCCGGAGACGUCAAGAAGGAACAUUUUUAUUUAUUUUAGAUCAGCUGUAUUAUCAGUUCAAAUUAUUAGGUCACGAUAAAGUGUUUUGAUGCAAAUCUUAUUUGGUAUUGUAUAAGCAUUAAUUUGUCGCUGUGUGGUUAUUGAUACCACCUGGUGAGAAGCUACGGAUUAACAAGUUCCCGAUUUAAUUUCGACUAUUUAUGAUCGAGCUGUAAUAUAUUGUCUGGUCACAAGGGUUGUGUUCCUAAGGACCGUUAAUCAAGGAUGGAGGCGUCCCAUAUUUAGAGGCAGUGUGGUAAUCUUUUGUUCUUGUGGAGGUGGAAUGUAUGUAUGUAAAGUAUGCUUCAAAGUCAUACAUUACUUCGCCUCACAUUCUAAUGAAUUUGAUAUCUUUACUUUAAGUGUUUUGUCAUAACAUCACACAAGAGUUUUAGUUAAAAUUAUUUAAGGAGCAGCUAGAAAUGCUGAAUUUUUAUGUCCUCUGUUAUAAAUUUCUAAGUUUUCAGGUUGUAGUGAAUUUAGAUUUAUGUAGAAUUAAAACUUUUUGAUGAUUACCAAGCAUUUUUUUGUUCCAUUAAUCUAUGUGCUUCCAUCAGUCGCUUUAUGUAAGCUGCCCAAAUGUAGUGAUUUAUAAACCAUUGUCAUAUGAAACAUAUCAAUAAAUUUAUAUAAAGC